AUGUCUAAAUCUCUCACACCAGAAGUUCUAUGGGCCCAAAGAUCCAGCGAAACUGAACAAGAACGCAACUUUCUACUGGUCACAAUCAUGAUUCCUGAUUGUGAACAGCCCAAACUGGACUUGAAGGCCACGCACCUCGAGUUCACCGCCCAUUCCCCAGGACACGUUGGCGACGAAGAAGAGCACAAGUACAAGCUACAUAUCGAUUUUUUCAAAGAAAUUGAUGUGGAAAAAUCACAGAGCAGGGUGGCCAACGGCAGAGACUACUUCCUCAAAUUGUACAAGAAGGACUUGGACGCGGAGUACUGGCCUCGUUUGACUAAGGAAAAACUCAAAUACCACUUCAUCAAGACCGAUUUCAACAAAUGGGUAGACGAAGACGAACAGGAAGACCAGAAGGAUGAAGACCUAGGAUUCGACGGAGGUCUACCCGGUGGCCAGGACGGUGCUCAGGCCGCUGCAUUCCAAGAGCUUCUCAAGAACGGCGGAGCCCAAGGUCUAGAGGGUCUUGAGGCUCUUCAAGGUCUAGGAGGCAUGGGAGGAGGUGCUGCUCCUGCUAGUUGA